AUUUACAAUUAUUAUUCGGUUUUCAGAGCUAAUAAUAAAGAGCUAAUUAUUUUGGACUAUAAAACUAUAAAUUAUCCCAUCCUUACCCUUUUUCGGUUUUCUAAGCAUUCGUUUCCUCUCUUUCCUCAUCCACUGUUUCUCUCCGUUUCUCUCACCUCGCCGGGAAACCUCUUCCCCUCGCCGGAAAACCGCUCCGUCUUCGUCAACCCCGUUCUCCGCCACCGGAGAAAAUUCCUCACCCCCUUCCUAUUGAAACGCUUGCAUUCCCUUCGCAAUUCGCCGCAGUUGCUUCAACAAGGCGGUUGGAUCUCCCGGAGACACGGUUCUGGCCUUCUACUCGGUGCUCUUCGAGAAUGUGGGGAGCCUCGUUGUGGUUUUAGGCUCGCUCUUAAUUUGCAGCGUUCUGGAUCGUGAUUUAGGGUUUGGCUCUGUGAUUUGGAUUCGGUUUUGUUGUUUUUCCUCUGUGAUUCGUUUUGUUCCAGAGAGCGAAGACGGAGAACUACAGGGAGCGGCUUCGUAAUGAGAUGGUGGAAGGGAGAGUGCGUUUAUCUAAGGAAGCUAGAAAUGGGUUAGAAAUUUUGAAGCGUAAAAGGCUUCAGCGAGCAAAGUCUGUCACUUCAACUGGCACAAGUGUAGCAAACAUGAUGAACAGAAGUGGAGGAGAUGCUCUUAGAGGAUUGGCUUCAUGUGGUGUGGGAUUGCAUGGUAAUGCAGAUGCCUUUUCUAAGCGUAAGGUGGAUAAGUUUGACACAAGUAAUCUAGAUUGGAUUGAUAAAAUUCCAGAGUGUCCUGUGUAUUCUCCAACAAAAGAUGAAUUUGAGGAUCCUUUGGUUUAUUUGCAAAAGAUAGCUCCUGAAGCUUCUAAAUAUGGUAUAUGCAAGAUUAUUUCACCUUUGAGUGCUUCUGUUCCUGCUGGGGUUGUUUUAAUGAAGGAGAAAGUAGGCUUCAAGUUUACAACUAGAGUGCAGCCCCUACGCCUUGCUGAAUGGGAUACUGAGGACAAAGUGACCUUUUUCAUGAGUGGAAGAAAUUAUACAUUUAGGGAUUUUGAGAAAACGGCAAACAAGGUUUUUACUAGAAGAUAUUGCAGUGCUGGAUGUCUUCCUGCCUCCUACUUGGAGAAAGAGUUCUGGCAAGAAAUUGGUUGUGGGAAGAUGGAAACAGUUGAAUAUGCGUGUGAUGUUGAUGGCAGUGCCUUCUCAUCUUCUCCUUCUGAUCAGCUUGGUAGCAGCAAGUGGAACUUGAAGAAACUUUCUCGGUUGCCGAAAUCUACUUUGCGGCUCUUGGAAUCAUCUAUUCCAGGAGUAACCGAACCCAUGUUGUACAUUGGAAUGUUGUUUAGUAUGUUUGCUUGGCACGUUGAGGAUCAUUAUUUGUACAGCAUUAAUUAUCAUCACUGUGGGGCAUCAAAAACAUGGUAUGGUAUUCCAGGUCAUGCAGCAUUGGACUUUGAAAGGGUGGUGAGAGAACAUGUGUAUACUAAUGAUAUUUUGUCAAGUGAUGGGGAAGAUGGAGCCUUUGAUGUUCUCUUGGGGAAAACAACACUAUUUCCACCAAAUAUUUUGCUGGAACAUGAAGUCCCCGUUUACAAGGCUGUUCAAAAGCCAGGAGAGUUUGUGAUAACCUUCCCUAGGGCAUACCAUGCUGGAUUCAGUCAUGGUUUCAACUGCGGAGAAGCUGUGAACUUUGCAAUUGGUGAUUGGUUUCCUUUAGGAGCUAUUGCUAGCCGGAGAUAUGCACUGCUUAAUAGGAUUCCUUUGCUUCCCCAUGAAGAACUUCUAUGCAAAGAAGCAAUGCUUCUGUAUGCAUCCAUGGAGCUUGAAGAUUCAGACAUCUCUAUAGGCUUGCUAUACCAGCAUUCUAUUAAGGUUUCUUUUGUUAAUUUGAUGCGUUUCCAGCAUUGUGCCCGUUGGUUACUAAUGAAAUCAAGAGCAUGUAUAAGUGUCUCUUCUCAUUCCCAUGGCGCGAUUCUCUGUAGCGUCUGCAAACGCGACUGUUAUGUAGCUUUUGUUGACUGCAGCUGUCACCUGCAUCCAGUAUGCCUACGACAUGAUAUUGAAUCCCUUGACUUAACCUGUGGGAGCAAAUACACACUUUUUGUGAGGGAGGAUAUUACAGAUAUGGAAGCUGCAGCAAAGUUGUUUGAGCAGGAAGAUGGGAUUCUUCCGCAAACCCAAAGUGACCAAAACAUGUAUUGCCAUCCUUUGUCAAAUAUGCUUCGGAAAGCUAAGGCAAAUGGAUACACACCUUAUUGUGAGCUGAAACUUGAUUCUGUUGUUGAAUUUUAUACAACUCCAGAGCAGACAACAAAUAAUCAAGAAUGUGGUACACAAAGUCAAUUUGUUUUCGGACAUGGCUUGGAGUAUCGUAUGCCAGAAGUGCCUGAGGCUGCAACCACUCUUUGUUCUCUUUCAGAACCUCUUGAAUCCUCCUCUUCUCUAAAAAAUGCUGAGGGGCAUGGCAACUUGAAGCUACGAAGUAGUGCUUUUGAAGAGAAUGGUGGUGAAAGAACAUCGAACAAUGCAUGUGAAUCUUCCCCAUCCCCUGCUGAGUAUCAUGAAAGCUCAUGUAAACCACAGCGAGAUCUUCAUAGAUCUGACGUGAAGCCCUUUGUGGAUAAUAGGAGUGAUGAUUCUGAUUCGGAGAUGUUCAGGGUAAAGCGUCCUUCUUCACUGAAAGCAGAGAGGAGAAGUGCAAAUGAUGCUUUGACUCUGAAGCAUUCUGAGCAGCAGGGACUCAAACGAUUGAAGAAAGUCCUUCCCGAUGGAAGAAGUGCGCAUUCAAUGGAUUCAAUGAGAAGCAGUGAAUCAAGUCAAAAAUACAGUCACCCUUUUCAUAAAGUUGAUGGUGAAAUUUCUUCCAGGGACAGAUUCACAGGGGCAAACAACAACAAUCCCAUUUCUGUAAGGUAUAAGAAGUUUGGUAUCGACGAGAUAAGUAGGCAACGAGAUCACCACCGGAGAGACAAGGUGCAGCAGACUAUCAGGGAACCGCCUUCCAUCGAGAUCGGACCAAAGCGGCUUAAAGUCCGAGGCCCCUCAUUUUUAAGUUUAGAAAGCAGAUUGAAUUGAAGCUCCAAGUUUCCUCAAGAACCAUCGAGAGUCUGAUUUUGCUAACUCCAUUUAGCUAAUGGACUUUCUAACACCAACACGAACAACAAAAUUGCAAAUGAUUGAUUCUGGAAGCAGCGGCAAAAAAUUUAACCAAUUAGGAUAAGAUUUACAUUCUUUGUGCAGGGCCUAACAUUUCGGGAAUUCUGCACGGGGUGGUGAUCCUUUUGGGUUCUCUGGCCGAGGUGUUUUUCCAACUUUGGCUGGUGAACCUGUGACCUGCGAAGCUUAGACUUAGACAAUUGGGUUAGUGACUUCUAUUUCAGUGUACAUUUUUUUUUUCUCCUUCUGAUCAGUCAUUUAGGUCUUGUUAGGAACCUGGGUCUAUUCAUAGUUUUCUCAUUUUAUGCCUACCAGCUGCUUCCCCUUUUAAUGUUCAUUCAUUCUUUUUGUAGCAAUAGGUCAUUGCACCUAGAACUACUUGAAUAAAGUUACAAAGAAAUCCCUCAUUUUCUCUCUA